UGCAAGAGAGGAGAGAAAGCAAAACAAGUAAGAGCUGCAGAAAUGGAGAGCCACCAAAGAGCUGCUGAAACUCACAUCAUAGCACUCCCUUUUCCCGCACAAGGUCAUAUUAACCCAAUGCUCCAAUUCUCUAAACUCCUUACCUCCAAAGGACUUAAGGUAACCCUAGUCACCAUCAUCGACAAUGAGCUGACAAAAGCCAAACACGGUUCCGUUAUUGUUGAUUCCAUUUCCGAUAACAGCGAAGAAAAUGGUACGAUUUCGACCAUGGAAGAGUAUUGGAAGAAUUUCAGCUCUUUGAUAGAGCGAAAAUUAUCAGAAAUCGUUGAAAAGCAAGGCAAGUCCGGCCGUCCAAUAAGUUGCCUUGUGUAUGAUUCAAUCAUGCCUUGGGCUCUAGACAUAGCCAGACGGCUUGGCCUCGCUGCAGCUUCAUUCUUUACACAGUCAUGUGCUGUUUCAGCCAUCUACUACCAUGUUUAUGAAGGGAGGCUAAAUAUUCCCAGCGAGCAGACCCACGUAUCAUUAGACGGGAUGCCACCACUUCAAAGCUAUGACCUGCCUUCUCCAGCUUGCGGCUCGGAGUACAGCCCAGCCCUGAUAAGCCUAAUGACUAGUCAGUUUUCGAAUAUCAGGGAAGUUGAUUGGAUCCUUGUUAACACUUUCAACAAGUUAGAAGCAGAGGUAAUGAACUGGAUGGCAAGCCAAUGCCCUGUCAAGCUAAUAGGACCACUAAUACCAUCAAGGUACACAAGCAAGAGAUUGGAGGACGACAACGAUUAUGGCCUUAGCCUCUUCAAAUCCAAUAACAACAGUUUGAAGCAGUGGCUAGAUUCCAAGGAAGCUUGCUCAGUAGUUUAUGUAGCCUUUGGAAGCAUUGCUUCCUUGGAAGAAAAGCAGAUGGAAGAACUAGCAUGCGGACUGGAAAAGAGCAACUACCAUUUCUUGUGGGUAGUCAGAGAAUCUGAACAGAAAAAACUUCCAGACACGUUUGUGAAUGAGACGUCAGAGAAGGGUCUAAUAGUUACUUGGUGUCCACAGACAGAAGUUCUUGCUCACAAUUCCGUAGGGUCUUUCAUGACUCACUGCGGGUGGAACUCUACACUUGAGGCAUUGAGCUUGGGUGUACCAAUGGUGGCAAUGCCGCAGUGGGCUGAUCAAGUAACUAAUGCAAAAUAUAUUGCUGAUGUAUGGACGGUUGGGGUUAGAGUUAAGGUAAAUGAAGAAGGAAUUGUCACGAAAGAAGAAACAGAGAUGUGCAUAAGGGAAGUCAUGGAAGGAGAAAACGCCAAUGAGUUCAGAAGGAAUUCAGAAAAAUGGAAAACACUUGCCCAAGAAGCAGUAUCUGAAGGUGGAAGUUCUGACAAGAAUGUUGAGAAAUUUGCAGCAGAACUCAAAUGCAUUUAGUGAAACUAAAAAUACAAGCCUUGCAUGCGUGCGUAAUAAAUGUGAAUCAUACAUAUGGGAAAUUAUUAUAGAAAUUCGGUCUAUCGUUGCACUAAAGAUAUAAAUAUAUGAGAUUCGUAUAUUUAAUAAUUAAGUCUAUUAUAUAUCUUA